AUGCUGGGCCGCUUCAGGCUACUGCUGCUCGUCCAGCUCGCCGCCGCUCUCUUCGUCAAGGCGGCAUACAUCGGCCACCAGGAACCGUUGGGCAUCAAAAUCGAGGCGCCGGCUGUCUCGAGUAUCUCGGUCUCGUUGUUCGCAUCCCUCGAGCGGCUGGCGAGGCUCGUCGACGUUUCAUAUUGCCUCGGCAACUCUGGGAUUCGCAAACCAUUCGAAUGCAUCUCCCGAUGCGAUGAAUUUCCCAACAUGACGUUGGUCAACACCUGGAGCACGGGCUUUCUCUUUGGCGAUAACUGUGGAUUCAUCGCCGUGGACCAGGGCCCGGACCAGCGCCAAACUGAUGAUGGAGACGACAAGCAAGGCGCCAUCAUGGUUGCGUUUCGCGGGACUUACAGCAUCACCAAUACCAUUGUUGAUCUCAGCACCCUUGCGCAGAAAUACGUGCCAUAUCCGUCCCCAGACCACGGAGGGGAGUCGCCGGAGAAACCAAGCCAUGAAUGCACAAACUGCACCGUCCACAUGGGCUUCCUCCAGUCAUGGCAGAGCGCUCGGAAAGCAGUUCUCCCUGAGCUCAAGGCGCUCCGCGCCCAAUACCCAUCGUACCCCAUUCACCUCGUCGGCCACAGCCUUGGAGGUGCCGUGGCUUGCCUCGCGGCGCUCGAGCUGAAAGUCUCGCUCGGCUGGGACGACGUGACCGUGACCACGUUCGGGGAGCCUCGCGCCGGCAAUGCGCAGUUCGCCCGCUUCGUCGACGACGUAUUUGAUCUCGACGGCAUCAUCGACCUAGAAAAGCGAGUCUACCGCCGAGUCACCCACGUCGACGACCCCGUGCCCUUGCUUCCGCCGGGAGAGCUUGGCUACAAGUCUCACGGAGGCGAAAUCUUCAUCUCAAAGUCCGCCUUGUCGCCGUCCGAGACAGAUGUCCAGCUAUGCAUCGGCGACGAGGACCCUAAUUGCAGUGCCAGGGACGACAGCUCCGUGGAGGGCCUGCUAUAUCGCCUGCUCCAUUUCCGGUGGACGACUUCAUCCAUGGAAGAGUAUACCCAGAGGAUGAGCUUUCCAGCGCGGUUUAAGCUAUGGCAGCUGUUCUUUGCUCAUCGGGACUAUUUCUGGAGGCUUGGGCUGUGCGUUCCCGGUGGCGAUCCUUCAAACUGGGGUCGGCCUCCGUAUUCCUAUGAGCCUCGCGAGGAAGAGCUAUAG